AUGGCCCUCUCCAGGAGCUGCUCCGGCCCCAGCGCCGGCCUGGCCAAGGCAUUGGCCGCUCCUCGCCUUUCCUCCCCCUUCGCCCGUCCUGCCCGCCGCCAGGUUCACGAUGUUGCGAUCACUCGCACCGGCAAGCCCAUCAUUAGAGUACCCGGUGGCAGAUCGUCGCUUGGAGGCCACACCGCAACCGUUUUCGGCGCUACCGGCUUCCUGGGCAGAUACAUUGUCCACAGACUGGCGCGCCAGGGUGUUACCGUUGUCGUUCCUUUCCGGGAGGAGAUGGCCAAGCGUCACCUGAAGGUUUCUGGUGAUCUCGGCAGGGUUGUUUUCAUGGAGUACGAUUUGCGCAACACUCAAUCCAUUGAGGAGAGCGUCAGACACUCCGAUAUUGUCUACAACCUGGUCGGCCGCGACUACCCCACCAAGAACUUCGACCUGGAGGACGUGCACAUCGAGGGUACCAAACGUAUUGCCGACGCCGUUGCGAAGUACGAUGUCGACCGUUUCGUCCAUGUCUCAUCGUUCAACGCCAGCAAGAACUCACCCUCUGAGUUUUUCCGGACCAAGGCUUAUGGCGAGGAGGUUGCGCGUAGCAUUUUCCCCGAGACCACCAUCGUCCGCCCCGCCCCCAUGUUUGGUUCGGAAGACCGCCUUCUGAACCGGCUGGCUGGUCCUACCAACGUCAUCACCUCCAACAACAUGCAGGAGCGCUACUGGCCUGUGCACGCCAUCGACGUCGGCAUGGCGCUCGAACACAUGCUGCACAACGACCACACCGCCUCGGAGACGUACGAGCUUUACGGCCCCACCAACUACAGCACCGCCGAGCUUGCCGAGUUGGUUGACAAGGAAAUCCUCAAGCACCGUCGUCACAUCAAUAUCCCUAAGAGGGUGCUCCAGCCUGUCGCUGAGAUCCUCAACAAGGCGUUGUGGUGGCCCAUCAUUUCACGUGAUGAGGUCGAGCGCGAGUUCAUCGACCAACAGAUCGACCCCACUGCCAAGACCUUCAAAGACCUUGAUAUUGAGCCCAUCGAGAUCAAGAGCGUCCUCUACCACUACCUCAAGAGUUUCCGUAGCUCCACUUACUACGACAUGCCUCCUCAGACCGAGCGCGAGAAGCGCGAGGAGCGUGGGUACCUCCACGUCCUGGACGACCAGUGA